AAUUAAUAGAUGAAAUCAACAAUUAAUAAUAAGUCAUCAAAAGUUUGUUUGGUUUGCGGAGAUAAAGCUGACGGUUAUAAUUUUUGUGCACUAACCUGUCAAUCAUGUAAAGCAUUUUUUAGACGACACGCUUUAAAACAAGGGAAACACAAAUGCAAAACCAAUAACAAGUGUGCCAUCAAUUCAGUGACGAGAAAGUACUGCAAGAGUUGUCGUCUGAAAAAAUGUUUUUCCGUCGGUAUGAAUAAAGAUUGGAUUCUCAACGAUGAAGAAAAAGAGUUGAGAAGACAUAAGAUCGAAGAGAAUCGUCAGAAACGAAAACAGACACAACAUUUGAAGGAUAACAACAACGACAACAAUGACAACAACAAUAGGGAUCCGAUUGGCGAUGACUUAAAGAUAUCGUUAUCAUCGCCUGAUAGUCGGUCGUCAUCUUUUUCAUCUACACCUAAAAGUACUGCUCACGAGUUGUUACCGUACAGUAAGUUCUCAGAAGAAUCGCCGACACAUGAGAUCGGUUCGGCUGAUGAUGAAGAAGAAGAAGAUAUCGAUACAUACGAACUGAAAGACUAUUUGCUUGACAUUGCUGUCAACGACAACGACAACAACAACAACAACGACGUCAAGGAUAUUGUUGUUGAUGUCAAAGAUGAAGACAACAACUCAAAGUCAAGUCAUUCGUUGUUGUCGUCGUCGACGACGUCGACGACCAACUGGUCGGAUGACAACAACAACAACACUCAUAACUACUACUACAACACCAACCACAACAACAACCACAACACAGACCUCAUAAUCGCCGAUCAGUACUCAAACUCGAGUGGUAUUGAAAUCUUCAAUACCAGUGCUGACGUUAACAAUCUCCAUCAGCUGAUGGCCAUCGAUGAUGUUGUUGAUGAUGAUGACGACGACGACUACGUGGACACUAACAUCAAGUUAGCCUAUAUAGAGGCGGAGACGACCUCUUGGACAGAUACCGACAGUCUCACGGCCAACACUGUCACCGAUAUUGUCUGUCCGGACCCGUCCAACCAACGUAACCAUCGUAACGAAGAACUUCUCCGAUCGUUGCAAUUGAAAUCACUUGAAUAUGAAUUAUCCGUCGAGUUUUCCAUACCUCAUACCAUCAACAAUGUCCACAAUUUCAGUGAAGUCGAAAUCAAACUCCUGAACGAAAUCUAUACCCUAAGCAAACCGAUGACCCGAUUGGCUUUCGAUCCGAAACUCCGUAUAUUUGUUGUCCGAUCGGCCACCGAAUACUUACGAUCGGUACCCAAUCGGUUCGAGUUGUAUGUCAAACGGUUUACCGAUCUGACCAAACAAUUGAAUUGUUUUCAAUCGUUGUGUCUGAACGACCAGAUCGGUCUGAUUAAGUACGGCUGUAUUGAAGUACAGGUAUCGAAAACGGCCAUCAAUUUCAACUACGAAAAGGAGUGUUGGGCUUUCAGGACGACUGAUUAUACGCCAUCGCAUUCAGUUAUCCUUAAAUUGGACGCAUUCAAGGAUAUGACUGUCGAUAUCUAUCAUCCAUUAAAACAUUAUUUAUUUCAAAUGGUCAAAGACUUGAGAACCGAUCCAAUGGUUUUAUAUUUGUUAAUGCCAAUUGUAUUAUUUAAUCCGGAUCGUCCGAACUUAAUUGAAAAAGAUAUCAUCAGUUAUCAUCGAAAUGUUUAUCUAUAUUUAUUACGCAAAUAUUUAUACAUAAAAUACGGAUCGGAAUCGGAAGCCAAUCGUAUAUACUCUCGGAUAUUGAAUUUGUUGCCCGAAAUACGGGUAUUGAAUGAACUACAGAAGCAAAUGUACAAAACAAUGACAACUGUCGAUAGAUCGCCGCUUUUGAAGGAAAUAUUAUUGGAUGACAUCCCGACACCAACUGAUGGCGACAUUAAUAAUAAUAAUAAUAAUACCGAUAAUUAUAAUAAUAAUAAUAAUCAUAUGUCUAUUGCCCGAUGUUGUCAGGAAAGUUGA